AUGACCGAUAUCAAACCAUUUGAUCCUACGAUCCCGCAAGCCGAAGUCGAUCGUCUAUACCGUAAGCUCAAAGACACGCGUCUCCCGCAGCAACCAAUCGUGCCGGACGCCGGAGAAGAUUAUGGAGCGCCUUUAGACUGGGUACACAGGCUGUACAAUGUCUGGAAUGACGACUACUCUUGGGAAACUGCACAGAAGGAAAUCUCAUCCUGGCACCAUUUCACGACCAAUAUCGAGGACCUAACGAUCCACUUCAUACAUGAGCGCGCCAAAACAUCGCCAUCUGGCUCCAAAAAGAACGUGAUACCCCUCCUACUCGUCCAUGGCUGGCCUGGCAGCUUCUACGAAUUCUCUCGCGUCAUCGAGCCCUUGACGUCUUCCCAGGGCGAUGCCCCAGUCUUCGACGUUGUCGUCCCCUCGCUUCCCGGAUACACCUUUUCCUCCGGUUCUCCUCGACGCGGCUGGAUGCUACAAGACACCGCACGUGUCUACGACGCACUGAUGCAACGGCUUGGAUACUCUUCAUACUGCGCGCAGGGUGGGGACUGGGGGCACUGGGUUAUACGCGAGCUGGGGUCUGGGCGCUAUCCCGCGUGCCGUGCAGUACACACGAACAUGUGUCCCAGCGAGCCACCUCCAGGCGUAGAAGAGACUGAGCGAGAGAAGGUUGCGAAAGAACGCAUGGAAUGGUUUGUGGGGCGUCCGGGCUACGAGACACACAUGGGAUACGCGAUCGAGAUGCGUACAAGGCCUCAAACUCUGGGCAUUGCAUUAGCAGACAACCCAGUUGGGAUCAUGAUGUGGGUCGGUGAGAAGUACGAAGAGAUUGUGGAUCCGAAGUACAGGAGCUUGGAAGACAAGGAGUUCGUGAACAGGCUCCUGACGACUGUUUGUCUGUAUUUCUUCACGAGUCCCAGUAUCAUGACCAGCAUGCUGUGUUACUACGAAAAUGUGCGGCAUGAGGACUAUGUUGAGUUCAAUCUCAAGGAAGAAAACAGGAUCAAUGUGCCAAUGGGAUUCUCAAACUUUAGAUGGGACAUAGGGCCUACUUCUGCGAGAGCGGUAGGAAGGACGGGUAAUUUGAAGUGGUACAAAGAGAGGGAUUAUGGCGGCCAUUUUGCUGCGCUCGAAGCGCCAUACGAAAUGGUUGAUGACCUGAGGAGCUUUUGCGGAGAAUUUUACAGGGCUUAG